UCGUCAGCGCACACGGCGAAGGCUGCAGAACAAGAAGUUUAUCGGCUCUCACCAUGGAGCAUCUCGACCGUUUCUCGUGACGAAUGCCCGUAUCUAUAAUAACAUGGCCACUCUUGGCCCUUUGGUAGAACCUAGCCCUACUCGCCCUCUUUGCAACUUCCCUAAUUCACUUUUCUCUAACUGUCUUGCCUAGGCGAAGAUCAUCUUGUUGCACGUGGCUUCGAGUCACACACCCAACAGGAUGUCUCCUAAGGCUUUUGUCCUUGCGACAGUCGCCUCCUGUUUGACUAGCACUGUGACAGGGAGUGCUCUGCUGAGUCGGCAGAACGAACUCUCAACUGCUGCUAAUGACACCCUUCCAAAUGGAUGGAGCUAUAUUGGAUGUUACAGCGAUGGCAAUCCAAGAGUCCUGAAUGGACAUGGCUAUAGAAAUACAACUGGCAUGACUGGAGCCAUGUGCACAGCAUAUUGCAACAGACUAAAGUUCGUUUACGGAGCUACAGAAUAUUCCGAAGAAUGCUACUGUGGAAAUUAUCUUGCCAACUCAACGUCGCUGCGAAACGACACCGAGUGUGCAAUGAGUUGUGCUGGAAACUCGUCCGAGGUCUGCGGAGGUCUCGACCGUCUGACGGUGUACUAUGCCAACAGAGCUGCUCCUGCUGGCCCUUCCAUAAACCCGGGUCCUGCUGGGUGGAAGUCAGGCGGCUGUUGGACAGACAGCAAUGACAGAACGUUGAAGAACCGUGUAGACACGCCAGGUGGCACCAGUGAAGCUACUGUCGCCUUGUGCACGUCAGCAUGUACAGAUGGAGGUUACUCGUUGGCUGGUGUCGAAUACGGGGGUGAAUGUUACUGUGACAAUUACCUCGCCAAGACUGGAGUCAAAGCCGAUAACUCAGAUUGCAACAUGCCGUGCAAUGGCAACUCAUCUGAAUUCUGUGGAGCAGGCAACCGACUCAAUCUUUACUCGGCUGGUAGCAAUGAACCUUCAACGAAGCCCGUCUCAAAAGUUCCUCCAAAGCCUGUGAACUGGAUAAGCCGUGGCUGUAUCACCGACAAUGUUGGAGGUCGGACUCUGCCAUACGGUGCAGAGGUUGCAGGAGGGUCCCGGAACAUGACCAACAACAAUUGUGUUGCAGCUUGCAAGGAGGCUGGAUACACCAUUGCUGGUACUGAGUACUCUGGCGAAUGCUUCUGCGGCAACAGCCUAGCAGGUGCGCAACCUGCGACUGACGGCCGUUGCAACAUGCCUUGUAAUGGGAACAACGGCGAUAUCUGCGGAGGCCCAAAUGGACUUUCUGUCCUCCAAUUCAACGGAUGGUCUACUCUAGGCUGCUAUACCGACAAUACUGGACGUCGAACUCUGCGAUAUGGCCAGGAUGUUCCUGGCGGAGGUCAGAACAUGAGUAUUGAGGCCUGCACCAGCACAUGCCAAAGACUAAAAUACAACUUCGCUGGUGUGGAAUACGCCGGAGAGUGCUUCUGUGACAAUCAAAUCUCCAAUGGCGGUGGACCUGCUCCAGACGGCGAUGCUCAAUGCACAAUGGCUUGCAACGGAAACCAAGACCAGAUCUGCGGUGGACCCAACCGUCUCAAUAUGUUCGCUUUCAACAAUACCAAUGUCCCAACGACUACAAAUAGCGCUACAACAGCGACUGGAACGUCAGGUGGAGGCUCGACGACGUCGACAACACCAGCGGCAGAGACCACACCUUCAGCGAAGCCAACCGGUGGUGUCAACGAAACUGCCAUCCUUCCUUUCAAGUAUGCAGGGUGCUAUACUGACACCAAUGCGACUGGCCGGUCUGUGGGUAAUCGUCAGACUGACGACCCAGAAAUGACAGUCGAAUCUUGCAUUUCCGUGUGCUCCACCAAAGGUUACACGGUCGCAGGCAUGCAGUAUGCACGUGAAUGCUACUGCGACUACUUCCUUCGCAACAGCCCGAGUCUUGUCGAUGACGACGAAUGCAACAUGCCGUGCGCUGGCAACGAAGACGAAGAUUGUGGUGCCGGUGGCCGCAACUCGGUCUACACCAAUGGGACAAUCGCAGAUUACAUCCCACCUACCUUCCUGCCGGAUUCUCAGUUACCUGAUAAUUGGACGUAUACUGGAUGCCUCGCAGACAAUGUCAACAACCAGCGUUCAAUCCCAUACUUCAUGGAAUUCGACAACGACAACUCAAACGGGAAAUGUAUCGAGACUUGUGCGAAGUUUGGCUUCACUGUGGCUGCCACGGAAUAUGCCGUACAAUGCUACUGCGGAGAUACGCAGAACUACCUAGAUGCCGGCGUUCAAUUCACCGCCAACUCCUCAUGUAACAUGCGCUGCAGCAACGACACUGCCGGCGCGAACGGUGGCGAGAUCUGUGGUGGCCAAAACGCCUUGUCCGUCUAUACCUGGAAGGAACCUUUCGAUCAAUGGAGCUUCGCCUCUGGAGCUGAAGCAGGCCGCUUCGAGAAUGCCCUACGACUGCCAAUCGUUCCGCUCAUCACUGCACCUGCACGAAAUGGCAAGGUCAUGUUCAUCGAGAAAUUUGGCACCAGUCUGGUGGGCGGCAGCACCGGAGCAUAUGAGUUCGACCCACUCAGUGGCGACUUCCGCACUCUGCACGUUGAGACCGACGUCUUCUGUGCUGCGUCUAUCACGCUUCCUGACCGCGCGGGACGUCAGCUCAAUGUCGGUGGCUGGUCCCUGCCAUCGACAAAAGGUGUCCGACUCUACGCGCCCAAUGGCAGUCCCGGAAACGCCAGCACCAACGACUGGCAGGAAGACGUUUCGCAGCUCGCUCUCCUUGAGGGCCGAUGGUACCCAUCGGCCAUGGUUCUCGCCAACGGAUCCGUUCUGAUCGCAGGAGGAGAAGAGGGAUCCAAUGGAGCUCCCGUGCCCAGCCUCGAGCUUCUGCCACAGACUGGCAACUUGAUCGACGCCCCUUACCUCUUGCGCACAGACCCCAACAACCUGUACCCCUUCUUGAUCGUGCUGCCUUCCGGCAACAUUUUCAUCGGAUACUAUAACGAGGCCUUGCUCCUGGAUCCAGGUUCAUUGCAACCGGUGAGACAACUGCCAAACAUGCCAGGCUCCGUCGACCGCCCAGACUCGGGCCGCACAUAUCCUUUCGAAGGAACAGCUGUCGUUCUGCCUCAAGUCGCUCCUUAUAGCGACCCUCUGGAGAUCCUGAUCUGCGGUGGUAGCAAUCCUGGAGUCGCAAUCGCUCUCGACAACUGCAUCACCAUCGAGCCCGAUAACCCGGCGUCCAAUUGGACCAUCGAGCGUAUGCCUAGCAAGCGAGUCAUGACUUACAUGGCAGCACUGCCUGAUGGAACAUACUGGAUCACGGGUGGAGCUCACCAAGGUGUCGCAGGCUUCGGUCUUGCUACCGAUCCUAACUUGAGCUCCGUUCUCUACGACCCCAGCAAGCCCAAGGGAAAACGUAUGACAGUCAUGGCCAACACCACUAUUGCCCGUCUUUACCACUCUGAGGCCACUCUUCUCGACGAUGGUCGUGUCAUGGUCUCUGGCUCUGAUCCCCAAGACACCAGAUUCCCCGAAGAAUACCAGAUCGAAUACUACUACCCACCAUACCUCACUAGCGGAGCCCCUCGACCAGCUUUCACCGUCCAAGACCAAGACUGGGCAUAUGGCUCCUCUCACACUCUUUCCGUCUCUUCUUCCGGCUCGGGCGGUAACAUGCGCGCAACAGCCAUGGGCGCUGUCGCCAGCACACACGGAAACAGCAUGGGACAACGAACCUUUUUCCUCGAAACUUCUUGCUCUGGUGGCUCGUGUACUGUCACCGCGCCACCAAAUGCCAACAUCUGCCCACCAGGCUGGUUCCAGAUUUUCUUGCUUGAUGGCGACAACAUUCCCAGCACAGCCAGUUGGGUCCGCAUUGGUGGCGAUCCAAGUGAACUGGGCAACUGGCCGCAGGGCAACACCUUCACUCGGCCUGGUAUGGGAGCGCCUGAUAGGUUGUUUUAAGCCACGACGUCUUUCCUUUUGGCGGAAUAGAUAUUACUUUUAUUUUUUAUGAUGAAUUUUAUGAUGACAGUUGGGCAUAGCGGUUUUUUGGAUUAUUCUGGCGAGUAGAAGACUUGCAAGUUAGAGACACCCCCAGUAGCGAGCGACGCGAAAAUAUAUUCUUAUUGUCAUUUCAAACAAUUGCACGCC